AGAGAUGGCUAUAUAAACACACUCUUUUCACUCCAGCGCCAAAUUAUUUUUGUCACAGAAUUUUCAUAAGAAAAAAUUUUCUUUUACGAAGAGGUUUAUCAUCGAGUUUUCUUUAUUUUAUUUAUAUCGAUACAAAACAAAAUAUUUGAUAAAAAACUUGCAAGUGACAUGACACCGAAAUUAAAAUUUUCUGAAGGCGAAAAAGUAUUGUGUUUUCAUGGGCCACUCAUCUAUGAAGCGAAGGCUCUUAAGAGCACAAUUACAAAAGAUAAACAAGUGAAAUAUUACAUUCACUAUGCCGGGUGGAAUAAAAAUUGGGACGAAUGGGUACCCGAGAAUAGAGUUCUUAAAUAUAAUGAAGCUAAUGUACAGAGGCAAAAGGAGGUAUCCAAACAACAUUCUUCGUCGGCAGGAAGAAACAAGAAAGCAACACCAAAGGGAAAAAAGAGUGACAACGGUGCAGUAGUAAGCAGCAGUUCCGGUGCAUGUACACCAAAAGAUGGAAGCGAAUCCAGAGCUUCAACACCAUCCAAAGAAGUAAGCACUCCACUAGCAGCCCCAUCUACAUCUAGUCGCGGUCGUUCAAAACCAGUAGCCGCAGCUGCUGCAACAAGCACCACUCCAAAUACACCUACCCCCGGACCUACAGCUACUGUCAGCAGCAAUGCAACAACACCACUGACCACGGGAACAAAUAACACUCCUGCUACACAAAUUCCAAUUGUGUCCUCCGGAACAGAUUUUGAUUCAAACAAAAAAAAGCGUUUACGAAUCGAUAUGUCUAUUGAAAGUGAAGAGCAAUUUCUUUCGAAAGUAGAAGUUAAAAUCAAAAUUCCAGAUGAACUCAAACCAUGUUUAGUCGAUGAUUGGGACGCAGUAACGCGCCAACACAAAUUACUUGACAUACCAGCAAAAAUCUCAGUACAAGAUAUCAUAGACUCAUAUAUUGCAUUCAAAAAGGCAUCAAAGUCAUCAAAUCCCUCGAAAGAAGUAGCUGUAAAUGACGUCGCCAACGGCCUAGUUGAGUAUUUCAACGUUAUGCUUGGAUCUCAGUUGCUUUACAAGUUCGAAAGACCCCAAUAUGCCGAAAUACUUAGGCAGCAUGUGGAUGUCCCAAUGUCAAAAUUAUAUGGAGCAUUUCAUCUCUUACGAUUGUUCGUGAAACUGGGAUCCAUGUUGGCCUUCACGACAUUAGACGAGAAGUCUCUGCAAAUGUUACUGGUCCAUUUAAAUGAUUUUCUUAAAUUCUUGGUGAGAAACAGUGGACAAUAUUUCAGCAUGUCAAAUUUUAUCAAUGUCAGUCCCGAAUACCAUAGGAACACACAAUUUGUUUAGUAUUGACAUAGAAUGUGGGUGGGGCAGCAUUGUAAAGAAUUUGAAUUCGAAAGGAAAAGCAAUUUAAAGUAGGUAGCGAGUGAGGCAUUCAAACUUGCGAAAAAAUAUAUAGAUAUCAUACAAGCUGUCUAUCAAGCCUUGAUAAACAUGCCUUAUUUGAUUUUCUGUUAUACGUAUACCUUAACUUUAUUUCUUUUUUGCAUAUUGUUAUGCCUCGCUUUUGUUCUUGUUUGUUUCUUUUUUUUAUUUCUCAAAGAAAAUCAUUUUAUGAACGUCUUGUAUGCUUUUUGUGUUAUAAGUUUUCCUUUUAAUUUUAAGAAUUAGAUUAACAACAAUCAAACAAAUAUAUAACUAAUAAUAAUAAAUAAUUAUUAU